AAAAAAGUUGCUUUGGUUGCUGCGACAUUCUGUAUAUUAGUGUAUUCUAUUUUUUGUCUUCGUUCUCUCUCCAUUCUUUAUCCUUCAAAUUUAUAUUGUCUCACCAUGCCAGCCAUUACACCAACACAACUCUCAGCGCUACAAAAGAAUCUGAAGAAUAUCCGCAACAUCUGUAUAUUAGCCCAUGUUGAUCACGGCAAGACCACGUUAUCCGAUUCACUCCUAGCAACAAACGGCAUUAUCUCGUCUAAAAUGGCGGGCAAAGUGCGUUACCUCGAUUCACGAGAAGACGAACAAGAACGCGGCAUUACAAUGGAAUCAAGUGCCAUUAGCUUGUAUUUCAAGCUUGUACGUGCAUCAACUGAAGGCGAAGGUAAUGUGGCCAGCGAGUUCUUGAUCAACUUGAUCGAUUCACCCGGUCACGUCGAUUUUUCGUCCGAAGUAUCCACAGCGUCUCGACUCUGCGAUGGUGGUUUGGUAUUGGUUGAUGUGGUCGAGGGUGUGUGCACACAAACGAUUUCGGUGCUGCGACAGGCAUGGAUUGACAAGGUCAAACCAAUCCUUGUAUUCAACAAGAUGGAUCGGUUGAUUGUGGAACUCAAGCUGACGCCUCAAGAGGCCUAUCUUCACCUGAUUCGUAUUCUUGAACAAGUAAAUGCAAUUAUGGCAACGUUCUUUACGGGCGAUUUGAUGGAAGAUGAAGCACGAAAAGUCGAAGCAGAAAAGCAGAAUGAGGAUUGGCAUGGCGAAGAGCGCGAUGACUCGGAUAUCUAUUUCGAUCCAAGCAAAGGGAAUGUCAUUUUCGCGAGUGCUGUCGAUGGCUGGGCUUUUCGUAUCCAGCAAUUUGCAAGCAUCUAUUUCAAAAAGCUUGGUUUCAAGGAAUCUGUUCUGCAGCAGUGCUUAUGGGGAGACUACUAUUUUGAUGCAAAAGCCAAGCGUGUGAUCCAACACAAGCACCUCAAGGGCCGUAAUAUGAAGCCCAUGUUUGUUCAGUUCGUUUUGGAUAAUAUCUGGGCUGUCUAUGAUAGCGUUGUUGUUCAACAGAAUCGCGAACGAACCGAAAAAAUCGUCAACUCGCUCAAUAUCAAGGUGCUUCCGCGGGAUCUUCGGUCUCGCGACACACAAACCUUAUUGACAGCUAUUUUCUCACAAUGGUUACCACUGUCAACAUGUGUUCUGCUCGCUAUUAUUGGUCAAUUGCCACCACCCGUCGAGGCACAACGCAUCCGCAUUCCCAAAAUGUUAUACCCGGAUGUACAACAAAACGACAACGAGCCAUUAAAGCCAACCAACGACGUUGAAACGGCGCUUUACGCAUGUGACGCGUCGGAAAAUGCACCUGUGGUUGCUUAUGUCAGCAAAAUGUUUGCUGUUCCUGCCGACCUGUUACCAGAAAACCGACGCAAGCAAAUGACGGCAGAAGAAAUGCGCGAACGAGGCCGACGUCAGCGAGCUUUGCGUGCUGCGUUGGAGGACAAGACUAAUAAUGAGGAUAACGGCGUACCUUUGGAUUCUGAAACCAUCGCUCAACUCCAAGCUGAAGCAGACAGAGAAAAGGAAGAAGAAGAACGGAAGGCCAAGGAAGAGAUCAAGGGAGAGCGAAUCAUUGGCUUUUCGAGAUUGUACUCUGGUACGAUCCGUGUUGGCCAAAAGCUCUAUGUGUUGGGACCCAAGUAUGAUUCUCGGUAUCCCGACCAGCAUUGCAGCGAAAUCAAGGUCGAAAGCUUGUACUUAAUUAUGGGACGUGAGCUUGAGGCAUUGCCCGAAGUAUCUGCAGGCAAUGUGUUCGGUAUUGGCGGUUUGGAAGGACAUAUUCUCAAGAACGGUACUCUUGUGAGCACCAAGGAACAUGUGAGCAAUAUGGCAGGCGUGCGCAUGGAGGCAUCACCCAUUGUCCGUGUAGCCCUGGAGCCUGCCGAUGCAGCUGAUAUGGACAGGCUUGUAGAAGGAUUGCGUCUGUUGAACCAGGCUGAUCCAUGUGUUGAAGUGCUACUUCAAGAGACUGGUGAACACGUUAUCCUGACUGCCGGCGAAUUGCAUCUUGAACGGUGCUUGCGCGACCUCAAGGAACGAUUUGCCAAGAUCGAUAUUCAUGUGUCGCCUCCUAUUGUACCUUUCCGAGAAUGCAUUGUUGGUGCAGAUUUGCCACCUGCGAAGGACACCGAGAACGGCCAAAUACCCCGUGGUAUGCAGGAGAUUCAGUCGUCGUCAAAGAACAUUACCUUGAAGGUUCGCACUGUUCCACUUCCAGAGCUUGUCACCGAGUUCUUGAAUCAGCAUACGUCAACCAUCAAGUCCAUUGUCGAACAAAAGUCGGUUAAGAAAGCAGUAGACGAGGAUGAUUUGCUGCAGCAAGUGACAUUGGAUGCAGGUGAAAAAGUACUCUCACCCGAGGAAUUCCAGUCUAUCCUGCGUGAAAAGUUUUCCGAAGCGCAGAAGCAAGGCGGACCAUUGGCACCGCUGUGGGAAAACAUUGUCGAUCAAAUCUGGUCUUUUGGUCCACGACGAAUUGGUCCUAACAUUUUGGUCAACCGUAUUCCAGGCUAUAUCCGCAAGCCCUUUUUUCAAAUCGAAAAGACUGGAAACAAGAGUGAAAGUGAUGUUCGAGAUGACCAUGCGGACGAGGUGCUGGAAGUACAGCAACAAAAUGAUAGCGAGGAGGCAUUGGGUAUUCUAGAUGUCGAUUUCCCUGUUCACACAGGCUUUCAGCUGUCCACUUUGGCGGGUCCAUUGUGUGCCGAGCCUGUACAAGGCGUUUGCUACAUCGUGCAUGGCCUGGAAAUUCAUCAGGAAGAGUCAGAUAGUGCCGAUGUGCGCUCAAAGCUAGCGCUUAUUCAGGGUAAGGUCAUUUCAGCUAUGAAGGAGGCAUGUCGACAAGGCUUCUUGGACUGGUCCCCACGGUUAUUCUUGGCCAUGUACAAAUGUGAUAUCCAAGCUUCUGCCGAGGUGCUUGGAAGAGUGUAUGGCGUCAUUUCCAAACGCAAGGGCAAGAUCGUGUCCGAAGAUUUGAAGGAUGGCACACCAUUCUGGCAAAUUCAUGCCCUUUUACCAGUGAUUGAAAGUUUCGGUUUCUCCGAUGAAAUUCGUAAGCGAACAUCUGGUGCUGCAAGUCCACAGCUAGUAUUUAGUGGCUUCGAGAUGCUGGAUGAAGAUCCAUUCUGGGUACCCACGACUGAGGAAGAGUUGGAGGAUUUGGGCGAAAAGGCAGACAAAGAAAACCUUGCAAAGAAAUACAUGGACACUGUGCGCAAGCGAAAGGGCAUGUUUGUGGAGAAGAAGUUGAUUGAGCACGCAGAAAAGCAACGUACUUUGAAAAAGUAAUUAGAAUCAUGGAAAACAAAAUGGGUAAUAGAAGAACAUUUUUAUUAUAUGCACCAAGCA